ACUGAUCCUCGGAGUAUCCGACGGACAAUAGCCCAGCUGUUGUGGAGCGCGAAGCGGCGUGGACCGUAAGAUCGCCUGUGAAAGGUAACGUGGGCGUCUCCCUGCCGUUCCUUUUUACCCCGAUCCCCCUCGCGGCCCUUUCCGGCUUCUGAAACGAAGUCGCCGCCAUUUCCUUCCUACCUCAGUUCGUCCUCCUCCGCUCCUCGGAAGCGGUUCCCAGCUCCGGCGACUUCCGCCACCGAUCGCGGAGGUCUUUUUGCCCGCCGAUCGAGCUAGGGUUUCGGCAGGGGGGUUCUUGGUUCUGUCUUCGAGCUGGAGGGAGGAAGAACAAGCCUAGGGUUCUUUUGCGGCGAUUUGUGGUGUGAUCUAAUGGACGCGGCAGCCAAACCAGAGAAGGCUAUUGAAGAUGCUAUGAAAAAUCUGAAGAUAGACCUACCACCAAAAGCCAGCAAUGUCAAGAUGUGUGGCCUUAAAGAUGCAAGCCCCUCUGAUUCAACAUCUUGCAUCUCCUCGGAGGAUGCAACGAGCAGUAUCAAAGAAAGUGAGGUGGACCAGAAAGCUCUGGUGGGCGAUCAGUGCAUGUAUUACUAUGGAUACUACUAUCCAGGUUUGGCUCUUAUCCUAUGUGUUUUAUCAGCUUUUGAGAGAUAUAUUUUUCCCUUGUCUGAUGGUAGAGCAGGCACAGGGUUUAAUGGGUCGUUUGGAGAAUGGGAUGACCAAAGUUACCUUUUGGGAUCUGAUGGCUUAGAAAUGCAGCCUCCUGCCGUUCAAGCAGAUAAUGGAUCCUUUGUAUACUAUAUGCCAGGCAUUCAACCUGGAUAUACUUCUUACAGCACAUUCUUACCUGGAGCUAUGGUCGGUGUUGAUGGACAGUACUUGAGUCAACAGCCAUAUUACCCAACUCCUAUAAUCCCUCAACCACUUGCAUCUCCAGGGCCUGUCCCUCAACCAGUUUCUUAUGGACCUGAGCUGGUUCCUGCAUAUCCAUGGGAUCCAUCUCUUCUUUUUCCAGGUGCACUCCAAGGAAAAACAAUUAACGGGAAUCCAUCAAAUCCAUGUAGCAAGCCUAAUUUCUCUUCCCAGAGCCACACACUUGCCCAUUCAAAAGCUUCACCAACCACAACAUCUACCUCAGAAACAAAAGGAUCCUCACCAGCAUUAGAUGUGUCACUGACUCCUGCAGUACGGGGUCAACCUUUGAAGCAGGCGAAUAAGGUUGCUGCUGCUGUUCUAUCCAAAGGUUAUCUUCCCAUAAACAAGUUUGCUUCGUACACUAACCAAGGGAAAGGAGGCCUGCUGUAUCCAAGCAGCUCCAUUAAUUUGAAAGAAGAUGGAAGAAGUUUGGUUGGCAGCGAGAAGCUGAAAGCAAGAAACAAGCUACAUGGCCUUGGCGAUUUUGAUUUGCUAAAUGAACAGAACCGUGGUCCAAGAACAAAUAGCUCCAAAAGUUCUUGGAACUCUGAGGUUGCACCAGUUGGAUCUCUCACUGCUGAGAAGAAUCAGAACAGUAGCAUCUCAAUUUCUGCUAUUGUAAAUAAAGAUGACUUUAACCAUCCUGAUUUUCCUACAAAGUAUGAUCAUGCUUUGUUUUAUGUGAUAAAAUCAUACAGUGAAGAUGACAUUCACAAGAGUAUUAAGUAUAAUGUAUGGGCAAGCACUUCAAAUGGAAAUCAAAGGCUUGACAAUGCUUUUCAAGUUGCACAGGAGAAGAUGGCAGGAAAUGGUAGCAAGUGUCCUGUGUUUCUUUUCUUUUCUGUUAACGCAAGUGGUCAGUUUUGUGGUGUAGCUGAAAUGAUUGGUCGAGUAGAUUUUGGCAAGAACAUGGAUUUUUGGCAACAAGACAAGUGGAACGGGUUUUUCCCAGUAAAGUGGCACAUAAUAAAGGAUGUUCCGAAUCGACAGUUUCGUCAUAUAAUAUUGGAGAACAAUGACAACAAGCCUGUUACAAAUAGCAGAGAUGCACAAGAGGUGAAAUUUCCCCAAGGUACUGAGAUGUUGAACAUUUUUAAGAGCUAUUCCUCAAAGGCUUCCAUACUGGAUGACUUUGGCUUUUAUGAGAAUCGGCAGAAAGGCAUGCAGGAGAAAAGGAGCAAGCAACCUACUCCAAAUUUGGUUCUUUCAAUGCCAAAAGCUGAUGAAUUGGCCCAAUUUGCAAAGCAAGGUGAUCCAAAGUUUGAAGUUUCGAGUCCCCAGUUGACAGAGAUGGCUGCCGGAAAGACCAAGGAAGAUCAAACAAUGGUGGUUGCAGCGAAGUAACAGCUGAAGGAUGCCUGUCUAAAUGUGGGCGAGGGCAGGACGGCGGCAUCCCAACCUAAGGUUAAGAAUUCUGGCUCACAGACUAGGUAAUGCAGUUUGGAAUUAUAGAACAGUCAAACCUGUUGGGCAUCCGGCAUUGAGAAAUAAAGAAGCAGUGCCUCUGAAAGUAAUUCCUCAUGAGCAAGCUUACAAUGAUUGGGGAGAGAUUCGAUGGCUGUUCGUAAGUAUGCCCAGACCAGUGCUACUGGCAUCGACAUGUCCGGUGCGACAGAUUCUGUAGAAUUUUCCCCCAGCUUUCGUUCUCCUUGGAGGGAAUUAGUUGUUCUUAUUCUUCUCUUUCAUGAUUCUAGUGGUUGUAUGGUUAGUCAAGGUGAAGUCCCACUUGUCGGGGUGGGUAGGUUGGUAGAUGGUGGUUGGUCGACCUUUCCAAACUGAAGCUGACGAUUUGCGCUAAUACGGUGUAGUAAAAUUGAGAAAAAGGGAAAAAAAAAAGGUAAAGAAAGAAUUGCAAAAAAAAAAAGGAAUCAAAAAUAUUUUCUUUCUUUCUUUCCUUUUUAAUCUUCUCCUGCUUUUUUCUUUGUAUCUGUUUUGUUCCCUUCCGACUAAUGGAUGAUUAAUUAUAGAAGGUCCUGAACUGU